AUGAUUACGCUGUUCAAUUAUGUUAAAGGACUGAAGUUAGAUAAAGAUGACUAUCCUUAUCGUAUCCUCGCCAUCACUACAGAGGCACAAGUACUCAGUCUCUCCAUCUCUUAUGCUGUGUCCCAGCCUCUUCCCGGCUCUUGCAGUAUAAUACCACAUCAUCUGCAAACAUCGCAGUCCAUGGGGACUCUUUCCCCACACCUAAGGCAGCAGGUGGGCGGUGUUCCCCUUCUGGGAAAGGAGAGGCUUGUAUCCUGGAGUGUAAUUGUACCGGCUGAUGAUAAGGGUGAUGAUGAGGAAAACUUUGACACUCCGGAUCACGUCGAAUCUCCGUUCAGUCCGACGCCGGGGAAGCCACAAGAGACACGCAUUUGCCCCAAGAAGCGCUCGCAAACCACAAUGCAGUACCCGGAUAUGUGGGACACCCCUCUCCUGCUGCAUCACGAACCGAGCUCACGGCAAACCUCAUACAGCUACGGCGAAAUGAACAGGAAUACUGCCUCAGUCAGCGAGUGGGAUGGAAAGGAUUGCGUCGCCUGGGCCAGCAGCGUGUGUCGCCGUCAAGGCCUCGACCAGAACGUUGUCGAUGUCAUUUCCUUCGGGACUCUCAGCGGGCGCCUUCUGCUUCAGUUCUCCCCGCAGGACUUCAGCAUUCGUCUGGGGAACGAUGUUGGCAGGGUCUUUUACGAAGACUUUCAGGAUGUCGUCCACCAACGAUAUUUACGAGAGAGCGACAGCCACGACUCGGGCGACGAAGGAGCUCUCGUCGUCGACCUGAGCCAACAGCGUUACACCUACGAAGACCUCGACUCCCUGUCGCAGCCCAUCGAUCUAAGCAAGCGCUGUUCCUCCGCGGAUGUGAACGGCGGCAGAGACGACGGGGGCGACGCGCAUCACCCGGGUGCGUGCUGCAAGGCGUACAGCGAGGUCGCGUCUUCGGGCUCAAUGGAUGAAGACGGGCAGCCUGAUGCGUAUUUAAACAGAAUAUCAACCAACAGAAGAAGGCACCGCGGCCCCAAGAGCUGGGAAUUCCUGAUGCGCCUGCUGGCCGACGAACGGACGAACCCGUCAGUGAUCAAGUGGGAGGACCAAUCAGCUGCGACUUUCAGGCUCAUUCAACCUCAUUACAUCGCCAAGCUGUGGGGUAAGCGAUCAGGCAGACCAGAGCUCACCUAUAACAACUUUGCGCGGGCUCUAAGGUACCAUUACAAGAAGGGCCAGCUGGUCAAGGUAUCAGAGAGACAGUUGGUCUACGGCUGUGGUCCCGACGCACUCCUGUUCGUGAACCAACUCCUCAACCACGAGAGACCAGCCGAAGAGACUAGGGGUUUCGGAGACGCCUCGUGUAGCGGUCUGAAAAGAUGAAUGUUAUGAAUGAAAUAGGUAGCUUUUUCAUUUUGCACUGUGUUAUCACGUGAUAGUGAUAUUGUGAUAUUGGUGAUGAUGGACAGUAUCAUAAUUUUUGCUGAAGGGGAGCGAUUCCGUUUGUUGUGGAGUUGCGAAUGAUAUUGCCGAGUGCAAUUAAUUGACAAAAUAUUUAUUGUUCUUUUAUAUAACGGCUUCUAGGAGUGCGUAUGUGUGUAUGUGUGUGUGUGUGCGCGCGCGCGUGUGUAUUCUAUAUAUACACUUAAAAUGCAUUUAAGUAAUAAUUUCCUUUUUUUUCGUAUGGGCGAUCUUUUUAUACAGGCAAAAAAAAAAAAAAAAAACGUCAGCUUUAUACGUGAAAGCAUGAUCAUCAUAUGCAGCAUAUACAUGCCAUGUCUGUAAGCGAGCUUGACAGAAACCUCUUCGAUGGUCGAUUAGGUAUUUUUUACAUGGCAUUAUUAACAAUAAUACCAUAGUCGGCAUUGACUGAUGGUGGCCUUCGAUAUGAUACUCACACCUGCCAUAUGGUGUGCUUCCUUCUGUACGACCAAUUUUAGAAAGAAUGUUUAAUAAAGGGAUAUUAGAUCCAA